AUGGCUGAAAAAGAGUUAAUCAUCGCAGAAAUUGCGCAAAGUAAGGAAGAAUAACAGACAAGUCGAAAAAUGUACAUUUAAGAGAGAAAAAAAAUAAAUCUCCGUCAAAGCUUUAUUUGGGACUUAUGACAAAAAAUGUCCUAAAAACCCCCAGUUGACACAACCCUGAUAAAAUUUUUCUAACUUCAUGUAAAUUAGAAACUACGCCUAAGUUAAAGUCUAGGAGUAGUAUUACUUACAUCCAAGAACUGUUCAAAUCGGACCAGUACAGAAUUUGUUACUUUCAAUUGAGUUCGACCAAUUUUUGGCCUCAACAUAUUCCUGUAAAACGCGAAAAUGGUGAAAGCGUAAAGGUUUCAUCAUAUAAAAUGUCGCCGCAAACCGAGAAGAGUCGGGCGCAGCUCGAAACGCGAAAAUAAUAAUCUUAGAAAAUCUCGCCAGUCCCGCGUACGCGUAAACGUCGACCACCAAAAAAAUUCCAAAAAUUGGCGUCGGAUUCAUUUCAGGUAUGUACAGAAUACUGUGUAGCGCCCUAUUUUCAUUUUUAUUCUACCAAAAUUUUAGUAAUCUUUGUUUUGACGUUAUACGGAUCAAGUUUCAGUAUUGUAAGUUUGUUUUUCAGAUGCCAUUGUUAGUCCUGACCGGGUAUCCGUGUUCUGGAAAGUCGACUAUUGCACAAAGACUCAAGGACUUCAUGAUAGAAAAUGGAAUUAAAGAUGUUUCGAUCCUAGAUGAUUAUUUUGAUUCUGAAUACGAAAAAGUAGCUGCUCAAUAUACAACAAAACGAAGAGUACGUUUGUGUAUGUAGUGAUUUGAUUUUUACAGGGUGGCGCAAAAGAAUCCUGAACUAAAGAUCGUUGAAUAACGCAAGAAGUAUGCGAACAGGGGUAGUCGAUGUUUUUUUUUGGAUUUUUGGCCCGUCUACUACCGCUGCUCGGGUAGUAGGACCCCUAUAAUUUAAGUUAGGUGCAAUUUCUAAUUUACAGCUCGUUAAAAAAGUUUCAUAAGAGUUUUGUCAGUCUUUCAAAAAAAUCUGUCGUGUACUUUGUGCAGUUAUUCAACGAUUUUUACUUCAUCCCCAUUUUUUUGCCCCUCCUUGUAGUUGACGGAUCAUAAUAAUUGCAUGCGGUCUGAAGUCCUUCGUCGGCUUUCUUCAAAUAACGCGACGUUCCUAAUUGUUGAUGCGUUAAAUUAUGCUCGAAGUAAGUUUGUAGCAUAUUAUUCGAUGUACUUAUUUUAGGUCAGAGAUACGAACUUUUUACCGUUGCAAAGAAUAUGAAGACAACGUUUGGGAUCUUGUUUUGUGAUACAGACGAGGCAACUUCCUCAUUUCUAAAUUCCCAAAAGGAUGAACCUUAUACGGAAGAGCUAAUCAAAGACCUUGUUGCGAGAUAUGAAAGACCGAACUCGCGUUUGUCCGGAGAGAAGCCACUAUUCGAGGUUGUUAUUCGAAAAGGUUUAGAAGAUGAUCUGGAUCAAUUCUCCCGUGAUGUUCGCCUUCCAUUUGAUGAUAUUUAUGACUGUCUUAUAUUAGCCAAACCCUUGAAGGAAAAUGCUUCCGUUUCUGUUUCUAAUAAGACCAGCACAUGUUUUAUGCAAGAAGUGGACAAAGCUACUCAAGCUGUGACCAAGCAGAUUCUGGCUAGUCAAGGGCAGGCCGGAAUAGGUGGUUUGGUGGUGUUUCCUUGGGAACCAGAUGUACAUUAUCAAGUAAAAAAGAUAGUUAGUCUUCCUGUUUUGAUGAGAUAUCGUACCCAGUUCCUGGACAUGACAAGAAAAAGUCUAGUCCAGUCGGGGACUUCAGUAACCAAAAUCUUUGUUGAUUAUUUGAAAUCUGUAGUUUAA